AUGCAGGGCGAGACGAAGAUAUACGGCGGCAUUGUGGUCCGCCUGAGUGACCGGCUGAUGCUCUGCAAGGCCCCCGGCUGCCCGACGAGCGACUUCGCCAUUCCGGGGGUUGUGUGGGCGGAGGUCGUGAGCAAAUGCGCCGCGCCCAACUUCCGCACCACCUCCUUCAUUUCCCUCCACAGCGAGGGGGAGGAGGCGGCGACGGCGGCGGGACCCGCGCAGCUUUCGUACCACAUCAUGACCGACAGCGAGCUGGCCUUCGCCAUUCUCGCCGACAAGGCCGUCACCCGGCGUCAGGGCCACGCCGCGCUGGACGAAGUGGCGAAGACGUUUCGCAAAAUGUUUGUGGAGAACGUCUCGAAGCUGAACACCAAGAUGGUGGACGUGUUUGUGAAGCCCUACCGCGACCUGCUGCUCCGCAUGAGCGAGUCGGGGGAGCCGGAGGACAAGGUGCGGCGGGUGAAGCUCGCGGUGGCGGAGGUGAAGGACCUCGCACUAGACAACGUAGAGCGCGUGAUCCAGCGGGGGCAGCGGAUUGACGACAUUGUUCAGUCCACGGAGGAUCUGCAAUUUCAGGCCCAGGGUUUUCAGCGCAGCAGCCGCGACCUUCGCCAGCAACUCUGGUGGAAUUCCAUAAAGGGGAAACUCAUCAUUGGCGGCGUGGCGGCAUUCUUCAUUGUGAUCGUCAUGUUUGUCUUCUUCGCCGGCAACGGCAACGGCAACAGCAAUUAG